GGUCCUUUUCCCCGGGAGCCGGCGAGCGUGAACGGUCGCGAUGUCCCUGCUCCAGGCGGCUGUGAGAUUACGGCGGAGGCAGGGAUCCUGUGGUAUCCGGCAGCUUAUUGUUUACAUCUGUCGACGAUGUUCAUCUGGAAUAUUACCGAACAAAAUGAUUCGGAAUAUAGGAAUUUCUGCGCACAUUGACUCUGGAAAAACAACACUAACAGAAAGAGUUCUAUAUUAUACUGGAAGAAUAGCAGAAAUGCACGAGGUGAAAGGAAAAGACGGUGUGGGUGCCAUAAUGGAUUCUAUGGAAUUAGAACGACAGCGAGGAAUCACUAUCCAGUCAGCAGCUACGUACACUGUAUGGAAUAAAAGGAAUAUCAAUAUAAUUGAUACACCAGGGCAUGUUGACUUUACAAUUGAGGUGGAGCGUGCGCUAAGAGUCUUAGAUGGAGCUGUUCUGGUUUUGUGUUCUGUCGGUGGAGUUCAGUGCCAGACAAUGACUGUGAAUAGACAGAUGAAACGUUACAAUGUUCCAUUUCUUACAUUCAUAAAUAAACUGGAUAGGUUGGGUGCUAAUCCUAAUCGAGCUGUUCAGCAAUUAAGAUCAAAACUCAAUCAUAAUACAGCAUUUAUUCAAAUUCCGAUCGGCCUCGAAGGAAACCAUAAGGGAAUUAUUGAUCUCCUAGAGGAGCGUGCAAUUUACUUUGAAGGCCAAUUUGGCCAGAAUGUGAAAUAUGAUGACAUUCCUGCUGAGCAUCGUGCGGAAGCUGCAGAUCGACGUCAGGAACUGAUUGAGUGUGUAGCCAAUGCAGAUGAACUGUUGGGUGAAAUGUUUCUGGAAGAGAAAAUCCCUACAGUUCUGGAUUUAAAGGCUGCUAUCAGGAGAGCAACUAUCAGCAGAUUAUUCUCACCUGUAUUAGUAGGAAGUGCUCUGAAAAAUAAAGGUGUACAACCACUGUUGGAUGCUGUUCUAGACUAUCUACCAGACCCAAGUGAGGUCUCAAAUUAUGCUAUUGUUAAUCAAGAGAAUUCUGAGGACAAAACAAAAGUUCUAAUGGACCCCAAAAGAGAUGCCUCUCAACCAUUUGUUGGCUUGGCCUUUAAACUGGAGGCUGGCCGAUAUGGGCAGUUGACUUAUAUUCGAGUUUAUCAAGGUAUGCUAAAGAAGAGUGAAAACAUUUAUAAUACACGAACAGGCAAGAAGAUUAGAGUACAGCGUUUAGUCCGAAUGCAUGCUGAUCAGAUGGAGGACGUUGAGGAGGUUUAUGCUGGUGACAUUUGUGCUCUGUUUGGCAUUGAUUGUGCCAGUGGUGAUACAUUCACGGCAAGAACAAACUGUAACCUUUCAAUGGAAUCUAUUCAUGUCCCUGACCCUGUAAUAUCGGUGGCAAUACAACCUGUCAACAAGAAUGAUUUGGAUAAAUUUUCCAAAGGAAUUGGCAGAUUUACACGAGAGGACCCCACUUUUAGAGUUACUUAUGACCCUGAGAGCAGAGAAACAAUUGUAUCUGGAAUGGGAGAAUUACACUUGGAAAUAUAUGCACAGAGACUAGAGAGAGAAUACAAUUGUCCCUGUGUAAUGGGAAAGCCUAAAGUUGCCUUCAGAGAAACCAUCUCUACCUGUGUUCCCUUUGAAUUUACUCACAAAAAGCAGUCUGGUGGUGCAGGCCAGUAUGGCAAAGUUAUUGGUGUACUUGAACCACUGGACCCCGAAAACUACACCAAGUUAGAAUUUGCUGAUAGAACUAUUGGAACAAAUGUGCCAAAGCAGUUUAUACCAGCUAUUGAGAAGGGAUUUCUUGAAGCUUGUGUAAAGGGUCCUCUUACAGCUCAUAAAAUCUCUGGAGUACGAUUUGUACUGGAAGAUGGUGCUCAUCACAUGGUGGAUUCCAAUGAAAUAUCUUUCAUCAGAGCUGGCGAGGGUGCUGUCAAACAAGCAAUGGAGAAGACUAAUGUGGUUAUUCUGGAACCCAUUAUGUCAGUGGAGGUUGUAGCACCAAAUGAGUUUCAGGGAAUUGUCAUAGCUGGAGUUAAUCGUCGACAUGGUGUUAUCACUGGCCAGGAUGGAGCAGAGGGAUACUUUACACUUUAUGCUGAUAUACCACUGAAUGACAUGUUUGGAUAUGCCACAGAACUGCGAUCAUCGACAGAGGGAAAAGGUGAAUACACUAUGGACUACAGCAGAUACCAGCCAUGUUUGCCCAGUGUACAGGAAGAGCUGAUCAAUAAAUACCUGGAAGCAACUGGUCAAUUACCUGUUAAAAAGGGAAAAGCUAAGAACUAAAUAUCAUUAUUGGUUGAUUUUUCACCUCGGCGCGUGCACAGUUUAAUAACUGUUUUAAGAAUAUAAAUAUACUGGCAUUGUUGUUGGAAAUAUUUUCACUGGUGACACUUACCCAUAAGGAUUCCUUAAAAUUGUCCCUUUGACAAGACUUGCAGCAAUCGAUACAUCUCGAAUUAACAUUAAACUGUUGCCAAUUUUUGAAGGAGAUUGAUUGAUUAUCAGGUGGUUACAUGCUGACAUGUAUUCCUUAAUGUUGCUGCUUCGAAAGUGAAAUUAGUUGAUACCUUUUUGAAAAGGAUGUUAUCUGUGAUUUCAAGAAUGGUUGAACCACAGAGAAUUAUUGUUUUUUUAAAUUGCUUAUCACUUUAAAAAAUUAAGUUGUCCCUAUUGAUUCCAGCUGCAAAUUUUUUGUGGUCCAGAUAUCAUUUUUCUGAAAUAUGAGAUCCCUAUCCAAAGCAUAAAAUAUCCCUCAAUUAUCAUUCUAAUAUUUUGAGUAUAGCAAUUUUUGUCAGAUAAAUUUAACUUGCAUUGCUUUCAGAAAUAUAUCAAUUUUCUUUUUAUAUUUCUGUUAAUUUAAAGGAGUACUAUAUUAUUCAAAAAUGUUUUGGCCAACUAAUUUUUUAUAGAAGAGUCAUGUUCCAGCAUGUUGUUGUGCCAUUUGCACUGUUAUUUAUUAUUUAGAUAUUUACUAUGUUCUGUUUUAAUCUACAAAAAAAAUCCCUUGUGUUUUACAAAUCUUGCAUCCUUUUAAAAAUGCUGUUCUGUACAUGAAGGAUAUUUUUAUCUGGAACUGUUAACUCAGGCUUCAUGAAGUUGUGUUCUGAUGCUUUUGUCUUAAAGAAACAGAUGGACUGUUUUUCAUAUUUUGGAUUCGCAGGCAAUAUAGGUCCAACUAUGAAACUAAAAGGAAGAAUGAUAUAGAUCGUGAACUUGGUUAAAUGAAAAUGUUUGUGAUUUUUCCCUUUGUUUGCCUGAAGAUGUUUAUUUCUUGCAAGCUGUUCAUUUUCUCUUGUGCUACAUAGCUUCAUUAUCUUGUACAUUACUGGAUUUAAGUCUCCUGCCAUUACUAUUCUGUACCUGUUCCUGGGAAAUACGUGAAAGUGGUCUUUGGCUCCUAGCUGUCCACUUUCUAUUACUCCCUUUGGCACUCCCUUCCAAAAUUAAUUUCCAAUCUGACCCAUUUUAACACUUGAAAUGUCAUUUGAUUACAGCAAUCAAAAAUAAAACAGCAAUAAAGCAGUAAAACACAAUAUAUUUAAAGAUUGUAUAUAUGGAUCAACAUGCAUUGUAUCAUAUAAAUGUGGCAAUCUCUUUUAAGACGACAUUGUAAAAAUGGUAUUUUUGUAUUCACUUGUCCAUUAAAUCAUCGGAGAUCCUCUAGAAGCAGUGGAAAUAAGUUUUGGGUGUUGAGCUGGCUGAUAUUGGAACUCCUGUUGUUCUGCAGCAUCUAGGGGCUGGGCUCAGACAGAUCACAGCUUGGUAGUGGAGACAUUGCUGCUGGGCCUGUGGUUAAGGCGAGGAAUUCAAGACUCAACCAUAGAUUGGAACCCCUGACAUAUGAGAAAUACACCACAUAGAUUAAGGCAACGUCAGCUAUCAUCAUGGUCUUUUUACUGAUGUGGGGUGCAGUCUCUGGAGGAGGGGGUGCCUCAGCCUGGGCCUCAAGUCUGCACUGUUUAAUCACAUUGAAGCAAACUGCCCAGUUUCAGGUUUUUAACUUCUUCUUGAAAAUACAUUUUCAGUUUGAAUUCUUACGUAUGUAAAAUUGUAACACAUCUGCUCUCAAUGACAAUAAGGACAUUCUUUCCAUUCCAAAAAACAUUUGACCUGUGUUAUCCAGGCUGAAACUAGUCAUCAAUAUGGAAGAAAAUACUAGUGUGACAUUGGUGCAUCAGGACAUACUGCAUUAUGCCCUAAUGGCCUCAACUGCUUAAUAAAUUAUAUCUGCAGACAUUUAUUCCUUUACAUUUGUAGAGUUGAAUUCUAUAAAUGAGAACAUAAAAGAUCAAAGUUGAGAUUUGUUUGAGGUAAAACGACAAAAAUAAAACCUUUUCUUAUUUUUGUAUCAAGGGUUUGCUUCUGUACUGAAAUAUUUAUUGUAUAGCAUAUUAAGUGAGCAGUGCUUAACUUGAACACAGCUUUGCUUUUACGAGAUUGUAAUCUAAUUCCCUUUCAUAUUUACUGCAUUUGGCUUUUUAUAUUUAAAGCUGAAUUGUAUUUACAGAAAGUUAUCAGUAAGUACUUUA